AUGACUGAAAACAAGGAUAAACACGCUACUGGCGGUGGCGGCGCUGAAAUUGCAGGCAGCAACAAUAGCAACGCACAAGGCCAAAGCACCACCGCCGCCGGCAGCAGCAACAUUGGUGGGCCGAAGGAUAAGAAAAAUGACAUCGACGGGACAGUUGCGCCAACGGAUACGCAACAUGAACGAGAAAAGGAUAAAGAGCCGAGUGACAGGUGA